CAUAUUUGAGUGGAUAGAUCAUCCAUGAGGAGGAUUCUGUAUAAUAACCUGCUGGAUGGGAUCCAAUCAGAACUUGCUUUGCUGCUAUGUAACUCGGUUCAGGCUGUGGCAACUGCUUUGAUAUUGUUUAGGAAUUUUAAAAGAGUAUUAUUUUUAUAAAAUAUACCGUUACUGUUUAUAGUAUUGCCCGCCUUUGGAUCUGAGCCAAGUGUGUGUGUGUUUUUUUCAUUCUCCGUUUCCUUCCAGCCGCCGUUAUUAGAGUCAGUGUGAUCAUCAUUCAGGAAAAAAAUAGCGAUGAGUGACACAGGUGCAAAACCCAGCCAGCCUUUAGCCGUAAAACAGGAUAAGGAUGUCACACCAAAAAGAGGACGCGGCAGACCCAGGAAGCAACCCCAAGAACCAACUGGUGCUCCAACUCCAAAACGACCACGAGGAAGACCAAAAGGAAGCAAAAACAAAGUUACUUCUAAAUCUGGUAGAAAAUCUGGUGGUGCAGGAGGAACAAAGCCCAGAGGUAGACCCAAGAAACUGAAAGGUGAAACGUCAGGAACAAAAAAACCCAGAGGUAGACCAAGAAAAAGGGCCCCUCUUGAACUUCACUAUCACCAUAGUUGUCCCUUGCCUACACAAAGUAAGGAGAACGUUGUACGGACUUAGCAGGAAAAGGUGGAACAGGAAGAGGAGCAUGCUUCACCAGAAUCCUCAGAAGAAGAUCAGUAAACUUGCAAGACUGGCACUACCUCAUUACAAAUGGCUCCUGUCAUUAGCUGGACUAAAAACCUUCUCACACUGUUUUCAUCACUGUAGUCUUAACAGGGGACUACAACAGCACUGGAACACUACAGGACUUUUUUCCUUUUAGUGCAGUUCAAGGUAUUUCAAAGAAAUUAACAAUAAAUGAAGUCUCGAUCUUCAAAUUCACUUCAUUUUUUUUCUAAUUCAAGCCUCUAAGCAUUAGGUCUUCAGGUUAUACCAGCUAAUAGGGCCAUGCCAAUGAACAAUUUUGUUCUACUACAUAUCGUAUAUUAGGGAUUUGUUAUUUUGCGGACAAUUCACAUAGAAUAUGUACAUGACCUUGGCUAACAUGAUGACAAUUGUAAUGACUGUUAUAAUGGUACACCCAAAAGCAGCUCUUUAAACAUGCUGUUGUUAUAGAAUAUCAACCCAUGCACAACAGUGGAAUUCCAUACUAGAUGAUAGAAUGAACAUUGCCCACAAAAUCAAAAUGGCUGCUUUACUGACAGCUCAAAACUAUCCACUUUGUAUUUACUUUUCUUUCAUUUUUGUUUAUGGUAUGGCUUAGAAUCAUGUAGGUGAACUUUUGUUAUUCGUUGAAAUAGAUUGUAUUCUUUUAUUUUGUAGACUUGUCUUCUGAAGUGAGGAGGACCCUGCAUUUCUCUAGGCUCUAUAUAAUAGUUAACUGUUAGCCUGGAGCUAGUAAUUUUUAUGCUACAUUAUCAAUUAACUUUUAUGUUAAUAUACACCAUAA